GGAUUACGGCGCAGGCGGUGGACCGCGGCGCGGCUCCCCGGGCUGCAGCCAUUGCGCGGCGGAGCAUCCCGCAUUCAACAGGAGGGACCCGCCGAGGCCGCGCCGAGCCCCCCCGCCCGCCGCAGCCGCAGCCCGAGCGCCAUGGCCAAGGAGGGCGCCGAGAAGGCGGAGGAGACGGAGCAGAUGAUCGAGAAGGAGGCGGCCCGGGAGCCGGCCGAGGGCGGCGGCGGCUCGCAGCGCCGGGGGGACGCCCGCGAGAUGCGCGCCGUGGUGCUGGCCGGCUUCGGGGGGCUCAACAAGCUGCGGGUCACGCGCAAGGCCAUGCCCGAGCCGCAGGACGGCGAGCUCAAGAUCCGCAUCAAAGCCUGUGGCUUAAACUUCAUUGACUUGAUGGUGCGACAAGGGAAUAUCGACAAUCCCCCAAAGACGCCCCUGGUGCCCGGAUUUGAGUGUUCCGGGAUUGUGGAGGCCCUGGGGGAUAGCGUGAAAGGCUAUGAGAUCGGGGACCGAGUCAUGGCAUUUGUCAAUUACAACGCCUGGGCCGAAGUGGUCUGCACCCCCGUGGAGUUCGUCUACAAGAUCCCGGACGACAUGAGCUUCCCCGAGGCUGCUGCCUUUCCCAUGAACUUCGUCACGGCCUACAUGAUGCUCUUUGAAGUGGCCAACCUCCGGGAAGGGAUGUCCGUGCUGGUGCACUCGGCGGGAGGCGGCGUGGGCCAAGCUGUGGCUCAGCUGUGUUCCACCAUUCCCAAUGUGACCGUGUUUGGAACAGCUUCGACGUUCAAGCACGAGGCGAUCAAAGACUCCGUGACCCACCUCUUCGACCGAAACGCAGACUACGUGCAGGAAGUGAAAAGGAUCUCUGCAGAAGGCGUGGACAUUGUUUUGGACUGCCUUUGUGGGGACAACACUGGAAAGGGCCUCAGUCUUCUCAAGCCGCUGGGGACCUACAUCCUCUAUGGUUCAUCCAACAUGGUGACCGGAGAGACCAAGAGCUUUUUUAGCUUCGCAAAAUCCUGGUGGCAGGUGGAGAAGGUCAACCCCAUCAAGCUGUACGAGGAGAACAAGGUCAUUGCCGGCUUUUCCCUUUUAAACCUGCUCUUCAAGCAGGGCCGCGCCGGCCUCAUCCGCGGAGUGGUGGACAGACUCUUGGGGCUGUACAACCAGAAGAAGAUCAAGCCCGUGGUGGACUCGCUGUGGGCCUUGGAGGAGGUAAAGGAGGCCAUGCAGCGGAUUCACGACCGAGGAAACAUCGGAAAGUUAAUUCUGGACGUGGAGAAAACCCCGACACCCCUGAUGGCCAACGACAGCACCGAGACCAGCGAGGCCGGGGAGGAGGAGGAGGACCAUGAGGGUGACAGUGAGAACAAGGAGCGGAUCCCCUUCAUCCAGUGAAGCCCCCGGGGAUGGGGGGAGGAGCCGGCCAGGCGCCCCUCGGGGCCCGCCAGCAAACGCCGUAGUCAGUGUGUGUCGUGUUUGUCUGCAGUCGGCUGAGCUUAACACAGACGCUGUUGAUCAUUGUUGUGUUUUGAAAUUAAGUGCCAACCCCAUCCCAUGCAGUAUUAGGGUCCCUCCCCCACGAAAACCCCCUCCCCUUCCUCCACAUCCUCUUUGGGGUCCUUCGCGACA